UCACACAAACUCUUCCUAGUAGUCGUGGGUGGGACUCAGGAGUCAGUACUCACCGAUUUCGUUUCUCUCCUACAAAAAUUAGGGUUUCUGCUUUUUGGCGGCUAGGGUUUGACUCCACCCAAUAAAGAUUGGCUCUUUUUUAGCAUAUCUUAUUUCUUCCCUGUUAUAUGCUUUCCCUGUUCUUUGAAGAGUUCAUCAACUCUGUCACUCCUCUCCAACAUUCCAACUUCAAUUUGGGUUUUGUUAUUUUAUCCCCAAUUCUCGUCUGGGUUUUCUUGUGACAAGUUGUGAACUUUGAUCCUUCCUCUCAUCAAAAUCAAUCUAGGUUGGUGGGCUUUGUGAAGAAAGUUUUGGCUUUUGCACAGGUUAUGAUCUGAUCUGGGUGUUCUUGAAUAGACCCUGCUUGUUGAUUUGAUCAUUAUCUGAGGGAGGUUUAAAAGUAGUUUCUGAGGCAUGAAUUUUUCUGAUCACACACAAUUUAUGCCGUCACAAACGCCUUAUGCUGGAGGCAGUGAUGCAGUAAAUUGUUGGCCUCCAUUCCCUAUGAGUAUGAACAAUGAAGACCAACAUUCUCAGUUUGAACAGCUGCCUUCUCCAUUUAAAAGACCACGAAAUUCUGAAGAAAACCAAUCGAAUCCAAUGCCCUACCCACCCAUGAACGCUAGGAUGCAGCCCCCAAAUGCCCCAGUUAACAAGGGAGCGAGCAACAUUUUCUAUAAGACCCGUUUGUGUGUAAAUUUUAAAACCGGCAUGUGCAGGAAUGGUGAGAACUGCAACUAUGCACAUGGCAUUGAAGACAUCCGCCAUCCCCCUCCCAAUUGGCAAGAACUUGUUUCUGUACGUGAAGAAGAUCGACCACCAUUGUCCGGUAAUUGGGAUGAUGAUCAGAAAAUAAUCCACCGGAUGAAGCUAUGCAAGAAGUUUUACAAUGGGGAGGAGUGUCCUUAUGGAGAUAGGUGUAACUUUCUUCAUGAAGAUCCAGCAAAGUUUAGGGAUGAUAUAAGCAGGUUUAGGGAGAACACAUCAAUAAGCAUUGGAACUACAGGACCAUCGGUGGUACAUGGGAGUGGCUCAAAUCAUUCUGAGGAAAAUAGGCUUGUAAACACGGGUAUGGAUACUUUCCGUGUAAAUAUGAAGCCGGUGUAUUGGAAGACAAAGUUAUGUAAUAAGUGGGAGACUACAGGCAAAUGCCCCUUUGGCGAAAAAUGUCACUUUGCUCACGGCCAAGCAGAGUUACAAGUGCCUGGUGGACGAGUUGAAGCCGAAGUUUUGAGUAGUACACCCAUUUCAACAAAACCCCAAGCUGGUCCUGUUAAUGAUUCCUCUACAACUGCAAUGGCAAUACAGCCUGCUUCAAAUGACGAAGGGGGCCAGGGUAAGAAGAGGGUGCUAAAAUGGAAAGGGUCCAAAAAGAUCAAUCGCAUAUAUGCUGAUUGGCUUGAUGAUGUGCCGCUGGUGCAACAGCAGAACUUGUCCAGCACAGUGGAGAGCUAAAUUUGAGUUCAAGCUCUGGUCUUGGAGUCAUUUUCCAGUUAAAAAAUCAGAGUGCUGUGUUUCAAAAAAUUUGUUCUCCAGGAUGAUUCGUUUCCAGAGAUUGGUCAUUGUUGGUUGUCGAUCAGGUCUAUAGGUUUCUAUUUCUUAUUAUAGUUUUGGCUCCUCGCUCAGUCAUUAGAUUAUGUUAUAAUAAUGAUGCAAAACUAGCUAUUGUUUUUAAAAGAUCAAAUAAGAAGUGAAUGUGAUUAUUAUUCA